AAUGGCGGCAACGUCUGCCGAAGGUCCGAGAAGCACUUUAUACAGUGUUUCUGACGAAGAAAAAGGAGAAACAAUGGAUAUUGGAGAGGGAACGAGUAGAAGAACAAUGCGUUCAUUAGAUGCAUCUCGUCAAAGCUCGGAAUUUUACCCCAGAGACUCAACACUUCAUUAUAUUUGGCAGUAUUCUGAAGGAACGAAAGAAUUUGACCCAGACAAGAUGAACAAGGUUGUGGAUACAAGGCGGGAGAUUAGAAAUAAAAGUGAAUUUGAAGGAAACAGAGAAAUUCCAGAUCAAAACAAUGAGGAAAACAUUUUCAAGAAUUCAAAACGAAGAAGCAAUAUUCAGAAAUCUUUACAAUUACUGGAUGAUGCAGUUGGGUCUCCAAAACCAUUCCUUGUGACUGCAACCCCCUUAUUAAGGACUGCUGGCACCCCCACCCCUCUGUUACAGAGGACCCCAAUGACACAACUGAGACAUAGUACAUAUACUCCUAGUGGAAUGUCAUCUAUUGCUGAUACUGAUUUUGAUACUGAGGACUUGUCGAUGCUCAGUAAUGAUGGCUAUGGCCGUUCUACUCUCACUGCAAGUCUAUCAAGACCAACCCCAACUCCUGGUUAUUCAAUGGGUUCCAUUUCUCUAAUGAAUGAGACAGGAUUAACAUCAUCAGUUACCCCCAUGAAACCACUGGCUGGGAUUGCUGAUGAUUUGACUACUGAAACCCAGUUAGAUACCACCCAAGUAACAAACACGAGUGUAUUGACUGAUAAAGACCCAAUUGUAUCAGCAAGCUCAGUCCUUUUUCAAGAGUUCAAGGAUGAUUUGGUAAAAUAUCCACACUCUACUCAUGUCUUCGAUCUUGUUGCUGCUUAUGAAAAGUCUUGUCGUAAUCAAGUCAAUCAGCUUAAUAGUAUCAUGAGGUCUACUGCACCAGGAAAGGCCAUAUUUGUGAAGAAAGUUGAAAUUCUCAUGAUGUUGACACAAGAGAGUUAUACCUGGAGGUUGAUUGGGUCUCUGUACAGUGACAGGCUACAGAGUGGAUCUUAUGAUGAUGAAGCUAUGCUGACAGAUUUCAUGAGGAAAAACUGGAGUGAAAAGAAAGUUAUCAGCUUAUUGUAUGACAGAGAAAGCAGCACAAGACAGAACCAGUUGGUGAUUGACUGGCUUGAGAAGAAUGCUGAAGAUUUCUUAGAAAGUGUUUUACACUCUGACAAAGUAGAGUACUUCUCAGAAUCCAUCUGUUGGGAGAACACCCUUCAUGAACUGAGAGAAGGAAGUAAAAGACAUGGAUCAAAAAGACCAUUAGUAACUGAGAUGGAUCCAGAUGCUCCUGUACGUCAAAAUAGACCACUGGCAGAUCUUGAUGUGGAAGAUGAAGAAAGACUUCUUAAGCAUCUGUUCGUAUUCAUAAGAGCUGGAAAACUUAAAGAAGCACAGGAGCUUUGUGAAAGGUGUGGUCAGGCAUGGAGAGCAGCUACACUAGAGGGAUGGAAACUAUUGCAUGACUCUAAUAUUGAUGGAGUUCCAGAUAAUGGAACUCUGGCUGAAGUGGAGGGCAAUCCUUACAGAGAUGUUUGGAAAGCUUGUGCCUGGAAAAUGUCUAAUGAGAAUAAAUUUGGUUUAUACGAAAGAGCUGUGUAUGCUUCAUUUUCUGGAAACCUUAACCAGCUUAUACCAGCCUGUGAGUCAUGGGAAGACUUUCUUUGGGCUUACUACAAAGUCAUGAUUGAUGUUCGUGUUGAACAGGAAUUGCAUUUGAAUUCACGAUCAGAUCGACAAGUAGAGAAUUUGCCUUCAGCUUACUGGGACCAAAAUCUUACCCCAGAAAAGAUCUUCGAAGAACUAAAGUCCUGUUCAAAAGAGUCUGUUCGAAGACAAGCAGAACACCACCACCAUAUAAUACAAACACACAUCAUUCUCGACGAUAUCCAGGGAUUACUUAAAAUAAUGAACGAAUGGCUACAGGACGAGAACUCGCCUUCUAAUCACAUGCUACGAUUUAUGGCUCAUUUUGUGCUCUUCUUGAGAGCAUCUGGGCUUGAAACACAGGAGGAAUUAAGCUGCCCAUUAUUAAAAGCAUAUGUUCAGAAUUUGAUAGAUGACUGUCAGGUKCCACUUGUUGCUACGUACACGGCUACGCUUCCACCGGAAUUACAAAUCGAUACGUACGCCUACUUUCUCGAAGAAAUUAUCGACAGGAAAGAAAGACAGCGUUGUCUUGAACUGGCCGAAAGUGCAGGUCUUGACGUACAAACGAUAACAAAAACGGUGGUCGAGAAUAUUCGUGGAAAGGACUUCAAAAUUGAUAAUGAUCUGUCACCAGCCUUGGAAGCUGCUACUACUGAGGAAGACAGGAAAAAGAUUGAAGCUGUGGAAUGGUUGGUAUUUGAUCCAUCCCAGCGUGCUGAGGCGUUGAAACAAGGCAAUGCUAUCAUGCGUUGCUUCAUAGCUACUCGAAAACAUACAGCAGCGCGAGAGGUGUUCAACAAAAUACCAGCUGGAUCCAUUGAUGUUAUUUACAAGCAGUGGCAAAUGAGGGCUGGUAGUAGUGCGUUACCCGCUGAAGAUGAUAACGCUAUCAGAGAAUAUCUGUGCAUCAAAGCUUAUCUGGAUGCACAUGACGCAUUCAAUGACUGGUUCCAACACUUUCAUCACGGAGCACCGAAAAAAUUGUCUAGCGAAACUUAUUCUAACUUUUCUGAGAAAGUUGCUUUGGAACAAAGGCAAAAACAGUACGAGGUUGAUCGUGAACGAUGGCAAAACAGCCUCGAAAUCCAUUCAAAGGCCACCGUAGAAAGGCUGUACAAUGUUUUGCUAUUUCCUGAUGGCGGUUGGAUGUUCGAUCAGAGAAUGGAUGGAGAGAGCGAUGCGACACGUUCUCAGCAACUAGAACUGCUAAGACAAUUGUGUCUCCCUUUAAUUUGUUUCUUACUUCAUACAGUGCAUCACUCUACUGGGCAAUACAAACAGUGUCUUCAGUUGGCUGACAUCAUUGCUUCAGAACAAUACGAAUUAUACAAGGUGUUCAGGAAGGAUGAACUCCAAAGGUUUUUGACAUUGCUGAGAGAAACUUCUCUUGCUGUGCUGGAGAACAGUAUGGAUCCUCUUGGAUAUCAGAUGCCUUGAUCAGUACUGACCAAACAGGUUUAACCAGAUAUGAUAAAACAGGUAACGGUAGAUCAGGCAGAUGAUAGCAUAUGACGUAUAUGGUACCUGUUUUUCAUGAGAACAGGAAGAAUGACCUUAAACUAGUUUAAACCUGAUAAACCUGUUUUGAAUGCAUGACUACCUUAUUGGCAUCUGUACAGCGGUAGUGACAUUGUUGAGAAUCAUUCAAAA